ACGGACCGGCGUGGGUGGCGCACGACCGCGCGAGCAGUAUACCGUCCGACCGAUCGUUUGCCACGGGGCCGCCGUUCAGUGUACCGUGUUUCGUGCGGGGGGAACGGCAGCCAGUUGGCAGUGUUUCGUUCCGUCGUCGUCGUGCACAUCCGCCACCGUCGUCUUUCCACGCGCACGUGCCGACCGUUUUCGCCGCACCUAACCGGGCACCGAUAACACUGUUACCGCAGACCUAGUCCGCGGUGAAAUGGACAAGUGUCGGUGGAGGACAAGUGCUACGAUAAUAUUUCUUCUGGCCAUGCUGUCUUUUUCGGCAACGGGUUCAGACACUUGGCGUAAGCCCGGUUGCCACAAAGUAGGUCACACGAGAAAGAUCAGCAUACCCAACUGCGUGGAAUUCCGUAUCACGACCAACGCAUGCAGAGGGUACUGCGAGUCUUGGGCGGUGCCGUCACCCGCGGACACUGUAAUGAUCAAUCCUCACCAGCGCAUCACGUCCGUGGGUCAAUGUUGCAACAUCAUGGACACCGAAGACGUGGAAGUCAACGUUCUCUGUUUGGAAGGAGUUAGAAAACUGGUAUUUAAAUCUGCGUUGAGCUGUUCAUGUUACCACUGCAAGAAAGAAUGAUUUUUUUCUUUGAAAUCUCAUCACAUUAUGGACACAUAAUAUUUUUGAUUAGCAUUUUUAAAUAUGACAAACGUCUAUUACAUACCUAAUACUCUAUAGUUACUGUACUAACACUAUUACCAUUAUUAUUGAUUGUUUAUUAUAUACUUAAUUGUUGUACAGUUCAACAUUUAAUGUUGAGGACAAAUAUAAUAAAAUAUUAGUUGAACUUAUA